AUGCUAGCACCGACGGUUGUUCAAGUCUCGGCCCACCUAGACAUCUCUUUGAACUGCAUCACCUCCACCCCAAGCACCCAAGUAUCCUUCCUAUCAAACCCACACCUAGUGCCCCAAAAUCCCGAUGUCACCACCGAGACUCAUCCUAGCGCACCUACAAUAUGUGCCACAUUAAUCCGUUCAAAGGCAGAGAAAAUAAUGAAUGUCGUGGAGCGCUAUGGCUCCCACGAGCGCACAACUGCGGCCGGUGAAUGGCUUGGCCGGUCAUCGUUCACGCCACGCGUGCAGACACAUAUCGCAGCCAACAGGGCAAUUCCUAUGGUUUUACCUGCUUUUCCGAUGAAGAGUAAUAACCGCAUGGACAAAGUUUUAGGUGCACUUCCGGACUUGGGGGAUGAGCUUGGGUUGGCACGGUUGGUGAAUCUUUGUCGGGAUAUCAAGGCUGUUUACCCGCCUGGUGCAGUUGUGGUUAUUGUUACAGAUGGGAUCUGCUAUAAUGAUCUUACGGGAAUCUCUGAUGAGGAAGUAUGGGAGUAUGGGAAUCGACUACGGAAGAUCGCUGUCGAGAAGGGAUAUGCUUGUAUCCAAUUCCAUCGUAUUAUGAAUAUGCUUGGGCUUUACACUGGCGCACAUAUUUCCAAAUCAGAUUAUGUGAAGCUCUGUGGGUUAUCAAGGGCUGAGCUCCAUCGACGGUGUGGACGGCCGGGAUUUGAUGUCGAUAAGUUUUUGAAAGGCGAUGAGGAUUAUCUGAGGACUUAUAACGGAUACGACAAGUUCAUGAAAGUCGAUCUAAAAUUCAGCCCAGUGACUAAGGACUGUGCUGGCCCCAAACAAUAUAAGAAGAGGAUCAAGAUCAUUGCAAAGGCGAUGAUUGUACGCGGGGUGGAGUACGCGGAGCUAGUACGUCAAAUUUAUCCUGACUCGCUCCGUCUCUCCAUCCAUCCCUCGUCGGGGCAGACGAAGCUGUCCUUUCCCCUUAUUCCGCAGCAGAACUCAUUUUCCAUGAGUCCUUGGCACUGUAGUGUCGCAGUAACAACUUCUGGGGAAUUCAUAACAGCUCACCAAUCCGUGCAUCGGCAGAAAUUUGACCUCAUUACGAAGAAAGACCAGCCAUAUUACUUCCGUGAGAGCUCACCACUCUUCGAUUGGGAUACCCAAGUUGAAUUUGAGCACCAUUAUGGGCAAAACCUGGUUAUUAGGGCACGGAGGCCGGAUGAUCAAGGGCUCUCUGACUCUGAUUUGGACAAGUUGGCACUUUUGGCAAUUAAGCAGAAGAGUGUGUCGUUUAUCUUUGUAUAA